AGGCAGUUCGGCGACACUUUCCCAGGCUGGGGAUUCAAGGCGUCAACGCUGUCCUGCUGACACACGGCCAUGCCGAUGCCAUCCUGGGUCUGGACUCCUUGCGCGAGGUACAGUUGGCCCGUGAACCUCCUAGCCAGUGGGUCUUGAAAGCGAAGACUCCCAUCUUUGCCAGCAGAGACACAGUCAAAGAGGUCUGGAGCCACUUCCACUACAUGUUGCCGGUGGGCUCUGGCUCGCCCUCUCUGCGACGGAGGACCUCCACUUCUCGGAUCGCCACUGGACUGGCGCCCCAUCGAGUGGCAGACUUUCAGAAGUUUCAGCCACUGUCAGGAUUGCAAGUGCAACCUUUGCCGGUGCUACACGGUGGAACCUAUGUCUGCAUGGGUUUUCGUUUUGGCGCCAAGGGCGAGUUCAUUUAUUUGUCCGAUGUCAGCAAAGUUCCUGACGAUACCAUGGCAAUAUUGAAAUCUACUCAGGCGGAGGUCCUAGUGGUGGAUGCCUUGCUGAAAUCAGGUCCCCACUACUCACAUUUUGGACUCCCGCAAGCGCUCGAAUUGGUUCGUUUACUUCGACCAAAGCGAGCGUUGCUCAUUGGCAUGUCCUGCCAAUUUGAUCAUUUUCAUGACAACCAAGAGCUCUUCAAACUCCGAUCUGAAGGGCUGCAUGUGGAAUUAAGUUAUGACGGUUUAGAGCUUGAGAUGAACCUGACACUGGAUGAUGAUGUGCCUCUGUUGGAGGAGGAGACCUAUGAAUUGCAGCUCCCACCUCCACCUCCGAGUCGUCUUAGUCGUCUUCGAGUGCUUGGGCGAUGCCUUUGCUGCUCAUGAUGACAUGUGGCAAGAUGCGUCGCUGCCACAUCAUGCUGCCACAUCAUAGGUCACGUUCGAUUUUGAAAAGGCUUUGCAAAUUGUAAAGGGUUGAAAUUACGGCACAUCAUCCUGAAAUGAGGGGAGUUGCCGAAUUUUUCUUUGCCUGCUUCUUAAAA